AUGGAGUACCACUCCGUCCCACCGGAGGAGCGCGCUAGGGACGAGCAGGGCAACCUCUUACCCUGGGGCUAUGUUUAUAAAGAUGAAAGCCGCAAUCCUCGACGACCAGCAGAAGAAUCAGGACCCUUCGGCAAGCGAAGAAACGCUCGAUACCAAAAUGAUCGAUCGCGCACACGAACUGGCACACCAGCGGCCCGACGAGAAAAUGCCAACGUCGCCGAGUUUGAUCGUUUAUUCUCAAUGCAACAACAGGAUGUAGAGAAGACACAGGGCCUGCCUAAGUCAUCAUCAUCUUCCAGCCUUGACAACCCACGAAAAGCUUCCGAGAAGGUCGCAACCGAGUGCAUACUGUACGGAUACAAAAACAAAGAUAAUGAGUGGAAGGUUAUCAGCAAAUACGAGCAAAUCUCGCAGGGCCAAAUUUGCGAAGACUACCCGCGCAGUGAUCCCAAAUCUGCGACACCGUAUUCUCAGAUGCUGAGCGGCGGCGACGUCGUCAUCCGGACGAAUCUUUCCGCCGAUGCGAAUCGCAAGUCAAAGCGCUACGCCGGCGGCUACCACUGGAUCAAGGUUACCUACGACUCGAGCCAAUCUGCGGACCGCGCCUGCUUCUAUUCUCCGCAGGAGAUCGACGGACAUAUGGUGUACUGUGAGCUGUACAGUGGGCAUGGACCGGCGGAAGAUAGCCCAAUUCCCGUGGGCUCUGCGACAAGCGAUCGCCUUCACAAGAGGGGAUCGCGCACUCUGACCACCUCACAUUCGACCGCAUUCCUUUCCGGAUCUAGCAAGGACCAGGACCGAAUGACUUUGCCACGAUCCUUUGCCAUGAACAAUCUCUCCAGUUUCCCGGACCUACCAGAAGAGAAUUCACCCGAGUCCACCACAAUCACAGACAACACCAUCGCUGCCACAUCCUCGACAGUGACCUCCGCAACCGUCACACCUUUGCUUAACACAGGCGGCUGGAGCACAAGCCCAACGGAAGCCGGCCCUUCCACGACCGGCGCUUUAACGAGCGGCAGUCUGGCAACCGACAGCUCCUCAAUUCGCCAGCGCCGCGCCUCGGCUGCCGCUCUCAACCCUACAGAAUUAAACCCCGAUCACGAAUUCAUGACGCACAUCCCUACAGUCCGCCGAACCAAGCUGCGCCCCUUGGCCGAGGCCCUCCCUCCCCAGCCAACGCUCACCGAGCGUGUCCUCCGAUCUAUCCCAAUCCUAAGUUGGUUCACCGGCGACAUCGUGGGCGAAGGCCCACAGCUUUGCGACGAUGGCACAUUUGACUGGGAUAAGUCCGGUUCCUAUUGGCGUUUCUGGUACACCAUCGAUGCAUUCCUCGGCACGGAUUUGUGCGGCAUGAAGGAAGAUAUCUGA